GUCCGGACUGCCCACCCACUUCGCCUCGCCCACUUCUCCUCCCCCACUCCACCCGAGCAGUUGCCGUACACCAUGGCGAAACCGCCACCGCGUGCCCCUUUUCCCCUUCCCCCUCUCCAUUUGCUCCCAUUCCCGUCUGCAUUGCACCCAUCUCCCCGCCCCAUUCUCUGGGUGGUUCCCAUUCCAACUGCACACUUUGUUCUCUUCGGGGAGCCGCCAAUGAGGGAUUUGAGUCCGACGAAUCUCAGUCGGCCGUCGUUGUUGUCCGGGGCGCCGACGAACUGUACUGGCAAGUCGACUGCCUCGCCCGGAGGAAGUUCCCCACUCGACCAGCAAGGCUUUUGUGUGAGGUGGCGACGAAUUUCCAUCAGGUAUUGGGUGUAGAAGGGCUUACUCGCCAGAGCUCCUCCUUGGAGGACUUCCUCUCCGGUGACCACCAAAGUGUUCUUCUCCUCGGUGAGAACCAUGGUCUGGACUGUCCCUGACCCUGAUAGUGAUGAUUUCAUGCUGCCAAGAGCUGAAGUUGUGGGUGGUGCUAAUCGCAAUGCAAAGAAGUAGAAAGUCGCGCGCAACAGGGGAUCACAUGAACGUCUAACAGAACUAUAUCAAGAUUUCGAUGACGCCCAGAAAGAAGCUGCAAAGGAUAUGGGGAUGCAGUCCCUGAUGAACAUUAAGUGCACCAACUUGAAUAACCCCAUGUGUGACUUGUUUGCGAUGUUAUACCAUCUGGAUAAGAGGGAAUUUUUCAUACCAGGACGUGGUAGGAUUCCACUAGAUGAAGAAUCUAUCUUCAACACACUUGGUGUCCCCAAUGGCGGCAUGGAUGUCCCUUACAAGGUGGAUACGAAGGACCAGAUAGGGAAUGUUGCCAACAUGAACUGGUGUAAAUUCAUAGUUGGUUUCCUUCACACUUCACUAUCCAAUAAAAUGUACAACAAAGGCUGCCAGCUGCAUCUGAUGCUCAUGUAUGUCGAUAAACUUGACAUCAGCACUGUCAACCUUAACCCGGUUGGCGGUCUGCCUCCAUCACACAAGUUUGCUGUGUGUGGUUGGACUGAUGUCGCAAUCAAGCUUAUGGGAGAACACAACAUUGAUUACAGCUUAUUUGGGGGCCCCGACAACUUCAGCAAAUGGAUGGAUGGUCACACAAAUGCCUCAUGCCCUUCAACGUUUGCGUCCGGUAUGACCAAUCCCUUGGCAACCUUGUACGGGGUUGGAUUGCAAUGUCGGCUGGCGAUGGAGAUAAAGUUGCCAACCAGUUCUGUUCUUUUGUUCGUGGUGGCACUUCUCGUCCAACUGGAUCUAGGGGAAGAUACGACCACAAUGAUUCGCAAGAGAUACCCCCCAACGAUGAAGAUUUAUCAGUUGAUGACAGUGAGUACGACGAUGAUGACUAGCAAGAGGACACCUGUAACGAUGGCGAAAAUAGAAUGGACGAUACUGAGCAUGACACGUUGCUUGAGCACAAUCGUGGAUGUGUUGAAACAUCCACUGGACAGGGAUUGGGUGGGCAUUCUGGUACCGAAGCCUCCAAAAGGGAUAGGGAUGCACAAGAUGCGGACCUUCAAGCUGCUUCCAAAAGGAGAAAGUUGGACCCCGUUGCUGGUAGAAAGAGGGAGGCAACCGCUGGUGGAAGAGUGACCAUAGAGAAAAUUGUUCAACUGCCUUCAGAUCUUCAGCUCGUGCAGGCAAGGCUCAUACGGCUACACAUUCAUCUCCUCGCUUUGCAUCCUCCAACAUGGGAGAUCUGGUAGUUCCUGAGGACAUGAGGGAUGCAGAGAAAAGGCUAAAGAAGAGAAGCCAUCAGCCUGGUCAUAUGGCUAAAGCUAGAAAAAAAACCGUUGGAGUGCAUGCACGCUAAGCUUGCUUCAUCCGACAAUGUGGACUUUGUCAAAGCACAUGCUGUCACUAGUUCUGAUGCUCCAGCUAAGUUGUUUUCAUCUGUUGCUGCCGUGCUGACCGACAAUGAAGGUGCAGGAUUAGGGGGUUCCGAUGAUUUGGUCUCCCCAAGAACAGUGGGGGUUGCGCCGGCAUUGGUAUCCAUGAGGCAGGGGAUCAAAGGUAGCCCAGCAGUGUCUGAUGUUCUGCACCAAACGCAGCAGCCUAACGUGCAUGUGCUAGACACUACCGCUGAUAAGUCUGAGCAACCUUGCUCAGUAGGUGAAGAUUGCACAACUACGGCUGCCACAACUGCUGUGGAAAAUAAGGGUCCGGUAGUCACGCAACAAGCACAUCAGGCUGGACCGCAUGAUCGCACCGCUCAUCCGCUUAUUGUUUCCAAAGAUGCUCCACUUGUAGCUGACAAGAAAACAGCUAAACAGGCAGUCGGUACCAGGAAGAGCCCUCGGAAAAGAGUUGAUUAGUCAGGCAAUGUGCAUGGUCAGGACACAGGGUAUGUGCAUGCUUCAACCUUUUUCCUGACUGUCCCCCCCCCCAGGGCAAGAAUGUACAGGAAUGUACUUGGAGGUGGAACGGUGCAGGAACCGACAGUCUCUCACAAAGAAAAGAUUCAUCCCAAUCCAACGCUCAAGCACACACGUGUCCCACUGGAUAUGGGUAUCCCUUACACUCCAAGAGUUGACCAUCCUGCACAAGGGACAGGCAAGAAGGUGCUUAUUGAUAUUCCAGACAUGACUCCGCGCCCUACUGCGAAGCCUAAGGAUGCUGAAUCAGUCGACAAGGACGUCUUUGUUGAUCUUUCUCCAUUGGCAGUGUCUAUUGGUGUGAUUGAAAAGCAGAAUGAGCACGAGGGCAGGCACCCUAGGGCUUUCACGCCACCACCGUUUAGCCUCAGAAUUGAUUUGAUCCAGCCAAAGGAGCCAGUUGAUGCUAUCCCAGUCUCAUAUGCAUUCCCGUCCUAGCCGGACCUGAUGAUGGCGCAGCCAAUUCUUGAUGGCGGAAAGGCUGUCAAAUUUGUCGAGCCUAUUGUUCAAGGAUCACCUGUGGAGAUAUCAUCAUCAAUGGAUGAAGCGCUACACAAGAUGGAGCAGGAUGUGGUCCUUGGGAAAAAAAGCAGACACAAGCCCCUUCUAGCUCAUCUGUUGUACCUACCACUUCUGUUGAUGUGCAGAGCAGUGCUACCCCAGGUUCUGUGCGGCAGGCAAGGGUUGUGCAACCCCCCCAGAAGUGGACUCUGAACCUCCAAUAAAGGCCACAAAGCAACAACAGGCACUUUACGAUAUCGUUAGGCAUUUUGGAAAUGCGCGAAGUAAUAGCAAGAACAUGAAUGCAAUCAGAGACUCAUGUUUGGACAGAACUAAGGUCAUCGACUGCUUUGAGACGUUUGUUCUCAUGGAUGAUCUCGCUGAGUCGCUGAUGCCUGCCGGCAGACUCUCCCAGAAUGUUGUCUCCGCGGGUAUUGGCUUCAUCAACAGCCACAUUGACAUCCACCCCGAUAAGGUCAUUAUGAACACAACCAUCACCAGGAGGAUUUUUUAUGGCGACUUCUCUCACAAACAAGUUCGCAAAGUGUUCGCCCAGCAUGGUGACUUCAAGCUCACAUUGAAGAAAUUUGUGAUGUUCGCGUUGUUUCAACAUCUUGCUCCCAAUGACCCACACGACAAAGCUGGUCACUACUACACGAUUUGCAUCAACUUGGCGAAGCAACAUUUUGAUGUCCUCGACUCAAUCCGUUCGGGAGAUGACGAAUCGCUUCGCUCCCAUGCAGAGUUUUUCAUCAACAACUUGAAGGAAACCUAGACGUGUCACUACAAUGGCUCCAAGGUCCAAAUAAAAAAUUUACAUAUCGAGUAUGUGAAGUCCAAAAAGCAGCUAUUACUGUGGUGUCUACACUCUCGAAUAUCUUGCAAAGUGGGAAGGCAGGAAGGUGCCAACUUUGAACAAAGAAAUAGUCGCAGAGCUUAGGAAGAUUUAUCUGUGGAACUAGGUCACGACUACCGAUUUCAACAAGCGGGAGGGUGCACUGGCUUGGCUGGAGUCUGACAUUAAAGAUGCUAUCAAGAGAUAAAAGUGACUGCACAAGAUAAUGAAACACUUCUGAUUUUACCUAUGUACUUACAUUCAAUGUUCGGAUGAAUGUAAGGUACUGCGUCCCUAUUUCCCUACCCUUUGUUUUCUUUUUCAGUAUCAAUGUCGUUCUUGUAACCGCACUAGACCAUCGUUUGUUGUCGUGAACCUUCUGUGCUUGUAAUUUUCAACAUAUAACUUCAAUGUCAGACCUUGUUUCUGUAAGUGGGCCGGCCUAUCACGCUUGUGCUAACAUUUUGUUUUCGUUGUUACAUUACUUUCAGAUCA